GACAUAAAAGUUGAAGCGAUAUCGAGUGCGUAGCGCACUCUACGACGGAGGCGAAAGAAGAGACCAGCGGGCUGCGGCCGUCGAAAUUUUCUCCUCUGCUCGCUCUCCCUCUCGACGCGACUGGCGGCCACCCCCAUCGCGAGGAACGACCGACUGUUGCGAACACGGUCAGUCGACGACACGACAGGACAGCGCGAGGAGGUCUCCGUCGUCCUGGUCCAGCUCGAAGAACAGUCGUUCUCCAGUCGAGGAUCAGAAGUGGAGGUCAGAGGAGAUAGCUCGAUUAUCGCUCCACGAUAUCUCAAGCAGAUCAUCAGCGAUACGUCAUGUGUGUACGCACGUUGGGUAACGAGACCAGUGAGCCGCUCGCACCGAGCACCGUCAGCUCGAAGCAGUGUGGCAAGACGUCCCGCGCCAGGGAGAAGUACAUGAAGCUCUACGAGGAGAUGCUGGAGAAGGAGCAGCAUCAGCGUCGGCGGGCGCAAGCGGACGAGGACGCGCUCUACCUGCCCGAUCUCGCCGACGACGUCCUGAUGGCCAGCACCAAUCACUACAGUCUGCUGCUGAAGAAGGUGUCCGCGUGCUACGAGGUCGCACGCCGCUCCAAGGCGUUCAAGAUCCUCUUUUACACGACGCAACCCGCACACGUUAUCACGAUCGCCGCUGUCUUGUUCGUGACGUCGGUUCUCUUUCCGUUCAAGGGGAGGGCACAGGUCUCCAAUCAAUCCCCUUACUCGAGAAUAAUGUCCUUCAUUUAUCUCGCAUCCUUCGUCGUACAUUUUGGUGCUCAGAUCUGGAUGACUUUCGUAUCGGGCCUGUCCUUAUACUUUGCGCUGCCGCGGCACGCAUUCGGCGAGGUCCAGCGCGUUCUGUUUCCGAGGUACUUCACGAUUAACGCGUGCCUCAGUCUCAUCACGCUCCUCAUAUUUGUCAAGCGUCAUCCGACGCAUACGUGGGACACUGAGAUCGCCGUUCAGGUUGGUGCAAUGUCCGGGGCCUUUUUCUUGGAGCUGCUGAUACGCCUCUACCUGACACCUCCGCUUCUCCAGCUGAUCGUGCAGAAAAUCAACUUCGAACGCGCGGCGGGCGUCGGCAACGAGAUAGGCCGUCACAACCCUGGACCGCUCAAAAAUUGUACGCAUUACCUGAAGAUCCACCGAGCGUUCCGCCGAGUGCACGUGUGCAUAGCCAUGGGAAAUAUGCUCACUAUGGCGUGCACGGUACUUCAUCUCUAUUAUAUAGCGAGCAAAUUGUGUGCCUUGUAAGAGCAAUUGGUUUUCGGUCGUCGGAUUUACACGCGUGUUAGUCGGCGAGCUCAAACAAGUCCUCGAA